AUGCUGAAGCCAAGUGGACUUAAAAUCCCCGGCAGGGCGGGGAAACACUCCAGCCCCGUGGGACGGGCUUCGGGGACAGCUGCGGCUGCAGCCACUACUGGCUCAAAGGAAGGCUCACCUUUGCACAAGCAGGGUCCCACCUCCACUGCCAGCACCGAGAAGCCAGGAUCAAAGGUCACUGAGGUGGGCGAUGACUUCCUGGGAGACUUCAUGGUGGGCGAACGUGUCUGGGUGAACGGAGUGAAGCCAGGCGUGAUCCAGUAUCUUGGGGAGACCCAGUUUGCCCCCGGCCAGUGGGCAGGGGUUGUUCUGGAUGACCCGGUGGGUAAGAAUGACGGCUCCGUUGGUGGCGUACGUUACUUUGAGUGCCAGCCGCUGCAGGGGAUUUUUACACGGCCCUCCAAGCUGACCCGCCAGCCCGUGGCGGAGGGCUCAGGCAGCGAUGCCCAUUCUGUGGAGUCCCUGACAACUCAGAACUUGUCGUUGCACUCAGGGACGGCUACGCCGCCUCUCUCCACUCGUGUCAUCCCCCUGAGGGAGAGCGUCCUGAACAACACCAUGAAAACCGGAAAUGAAUCUGGAUCUAACCUGUCAGACAGCGGGUCAGUGAAAAAGGGCGAUAAAGACUUACGGCUUGGAGAUCGUGUCCUGGUUGGCGGGACGAAAACGGGAGUUGUGCGCUAUGUGGGCGAGACAGAUUUUGCCAAAGGAGAAUGGUGUGGAGUGGAACUUGAUGAACCUCUAGGGAAGAAUGAUGGGGCAGUCGCUGGUACAAGGUAUUUUCAGUGCCCCCCCAAAUUUGGCCUCUUUGCUCCCAUUCACAAGGUGAUCCGGAUUGGGUUCCCAUCCACCAGCCCUGCUAAAGCAAAGAAGAGCAAACGGAUGGCCAUGGGAGUGUCAGCCUUAACUCACAGCCCCAGUAGCUCGUCCAUCAGCUCUGUCAGCUCCGUGGCCUCCUCUGUCGGUGGCAGACCCAGCCGGAGCGGAUUGCUGACGGAAACCUCCUCUCGCUAUGCCCGGAAGAUCUCCGGGACUACCGCCCUGCAGGAGGCACUGAAGGAAAAGCAGCAGCACAUUGAGCAGCUGCUGGCAGAGCGAGAUCUGGAGAGAGCGGAGGUUGCCAAGGCCACCAGCCACAUCUGCGAGGUGGAGAAGGAAAUUGCCAUCCUGAAGGCCCAACAUGAGCAGUAUGUCACAGAGGCGGAGGCGAAUCUCCAGCGAGCACGGACCCUGGUAGAUGGGGUGCAGAAGGAAAAGUUGGAGCUGCUGAACCAACUGGAAGAGGAGAAAAGGAAAGUGGAGGACUUGCAGUUCCGAGUGGAGGAAGAAUCCAUUACCAAGGGAGAUCUGGAGCCCUGUAUGGAGCUCCUUAUCAGUGUCGAGCUUCUCCAUCUGUGCCUGGCGGAAAUCACCUCUCGGAGCAACAGGACUCAGACGCAGUUGGAGCAUGCCCGAAUACGGGAGCUCGAGCAGAGCCUGCUGUUUGAGAAGGCACAGGCUGAAAAACUCCUCAGAGAAUUAGAGGACACCAGGUUAACUACGGUAGCAGAGAAGUCUAGAAUCCUUCAGCUGGAGGAAGAGUUGAGUGUCAGGCGCUGUGAGGUGGAGGAGCUGAGACAAUGCCUAAGGAACUCUCACCAGGCAGAGACCCCUGAGCACAAUCUUGGUCUGCCGUCAGAGGCGCUUCGCCUGCGAGACCAGCUGCUGUCUGCCAGCAAGGAGCACCAAAAAGAGAGCAGCCAGCUAAAGGAGAAGCAUGAAAAGACCCUGAAGAAGCACCAGCAGGAGAUAGAGAAGCUGAAAGCCGUCAAUGAAAAAUAUUCCCAGGAAAUCGUUGACCUGAAACACAAAGUUCAACAAGCCACCAAUGAGAACAUGGGGCUGAUGGACAAUUGGAAGUCCAAGCUGGACACCUUGGCAUCUGACCAUCAGAAAUCUCUGGAAGACCUCAAAGCCACCCUGAACACAGGCCCUGACACCCAACACAAGGAGAUAGUAGAACUGAAGGCCGUGGUAGAGAGCAUAAAGAUGGAGCACCAACUUGAAUUGGAGAACCUUAAAGCUAAGCACGAUAUCGAGACUGCGGUUCACAUAAAAGAGAAAGAAAGUCUGAAGCUGAAGCUGCAGGAGGCCAGCGACGAAGUGGAAGAAAGCAACAACAACUGGAAAAUGCAACUGGAAACCAAAACAAACCAGCACCUUAUAGAACUUCAGGACAUGAAGGAGAAGUGCCGAGAUGCUGAACUGAGAGUGCACGAACUGGAGAAGCUACACAGUGAAUAUAAAGAUCAGGCUCAAGCAAUAGCUUUCUUGAAAGAGCAGAUUUCUCUGGCUGAGAAGAAGAUGUUGGACUAUGAGACACUACAGAAAACAGAAGCCCAGAGUAAACAGGAGAUCCAAAGAUUGCAGGAAAAAGUGCUUGUCUUAGAGAACAAACUGCAGUCCAUGGAGGCUCUGCAUCCUUCUCAGCAUGCCAAUAUGAUUGAAACUAACGAUAUUUCAGAAGAGAAGAUAAAGAUGAAGCAGGCGAUGGAAGAACUGCAAGAUAAGCUGAGUAAAAGAGAUAAAGAGGUGUCCUCCCUCGGCUCCCAGACUGAAACUCUAAGGGCCCAAGUAAGUGCAUUGGAAAAUAAAUGCAAAGCUGGAGAGAAGAAGGGAGAUUCUCUGUUGAAGGAAAAGAAGCAGUUGGAAGCUGAACUGGAGACCGUGUCCAGGAAAACGCAUGAUGCUUCAGGCCAGCUGGUCCUGAUUAGCCAGGAGCUACUCAAAAAGGAAAGGAGCCUGAAUGAGCUGCGAGCUUUGCUACUGGAAGCAAACCGUCACUCGCCCGGGCCAGAGCGGGACCUGAGCCGAGAGGUGCACAAAGCAGAGUGGAGGCUGAAAGAGCAGAAACUCAAAGACGACAUCAAAGGCCUGAGAGAAAAGCUGAUAGUGUUGGAUAAAGAGAAAUCGGUAACAGAUCAAAGGCGAUACUCCCUGAUUGACCCUUCGUCAGAGUCUGAGGUUCUCCGGCUGCAGCACCGACUGGUCAGCACGGAGGAUGUCCUGCGGAAUGCACUGGAGCAGGGUCAGCAAAUGGAGAAACUCAUGGAGGCCAUGAGAAGUUCUUCGGAGAAAACACAGACUGUUGGAAACUCGGGAUCUGCUAAUGGGAUCCAUCAACAGGAUAAAUCCCACAAGCAGGAGGGUCUAGGCAUUCGUGAUGUGGUGGGGGUCCGGAAGGAAUUUCCCCCCAGGUCAGAUUGGCAGUGA